CCGAUAUUCGGUAAUCAGUAUUCACAAUUUGAAGAGAUUGUGUUAUUUAUGUCGAAUUAGAGAUGUUGGAAAUUCGAUGUGAGUAAUAACAUUUAACAACUUCUAAAGGUUUAAACUAACAUCAUUUCUUGAAUUUUAAAUAAAAAUUUUUUUUUAUUUCAUACUGUAAAAUAUAUUCAUCCAAAAAUGUCUCGUCAAAGUACUAGAUUGGACGUCAAGAAAGUUAACUCCGAAUUAUUUACAUUAACUUAUGGAGCCAUCGUAUCUCAAUUAAUGAAGGAUUACGAAAAUGUUGAGGAUGUCAACAAACAACUAGAUCGAAUGGGUUACAACAUUGGUGUGCGUAUGGUCGAAGACUUUUUAGCGCGUACUAAUUCUGCAAGGUGCAAUGAUUUACGAGAAACUGCUGAUAAAAUUCAGUAUGCGUUUAAAAUGUAUUUGGGUAUAACCCCAGCUUUGACCAAUUGGAGCGCUGCAGGCGAUGAAUUUUCUUUGACGUUUGACUCAAACCCACUUACCGAGUUUGUCGAACUGCCAGAUAACUACCAAAAUCUCAAAUAUAGCAAUGUUUUGUGUGGUGCAUUAAGAGGAUCUUGUGAAAUGGUACAAAUGGAUGUAUCAUGUUGGUUUGCACAAGACCAACUUAAAGGAGAUUUAGCUACUGAACUUAGAAUUAAGUUCAAUAAAAGACUUGAAGAUGCUAUACCUGCUGGCGAGGACUAACUAAAAUCUAUAUUAUAAUCUCUAAUACAUACUGUGAAAUAUAUUUAUUAUUAAUUUUUUAUCUUUAAAAAAAAAAAAUUUGUUAUUCUCAUUAAUAUAUUAUAAUUUAUAUUAAAAAGAAUAAUUAUGUUAUAUUAAUUUUAAAAGUUAAACAGAAACUGGUUGAACUUCGUCAUCACUUUCUCCAUCACUUUUUGUUUUCACUGAAUCAUCAUCUGAUUCGUGAGCAUCGUUUGUUUCAGUAUUACCUGUUGAAAGUAAAUACGUUUCCCAUUUCUUCAGCCGCUCUUCUGUUUCAUCAGGUGUUUCAAUGACUCUAAAAUAAAAAAAAUUGUAUAAAAAAAAAAAAAUGUACUAUUGGGAAAAACUAACUUAUAUUUUGUUUUUCCAUCCCAUAUCUCUGCAGUUAUUUGUCUUUGUCCAAACCAUCGGUUGUUUAAUAAUUGAACACAAGCGUCUGCCGCAUCAGGUUCUUUAAAAUUAAUUUGCGCCACACCAUCCGGAUGCCUCUAAAAAUAUUAAUAAAUAAAAGUAUUAAAACAUUUGCAAUAGAAAAAAAUAUACCUAAUAUCAUUGAUUUUAAAUAUUAUAAUAAUGAUAUUUGUAAUAAAUGCUAAUAUAUGUAAUAUAUUAUGAUAAAUAAAUUUGGAACAUUACUCACAUCGUAUACUAUUACUUUUUUUACAACACCACACUUUGAGCAUUCUUCUCUGAGAUCUUUUUGGUAUUCUAAAAGUAAUGCGACAUCAUUAUCGAAUGUUUCCUUCUCAAAUAAAUUUUUUACAAUCACAAUACUCUCGUUUUUUCCUCGCUCUCCUCUCAUUUUAUCUGGUCUCCAGUCAAAUAACCUAAACAAAAAGUAUAAAAACCGUUGUUGUACCAAAUUAAAAAAAUGUUAGCAGUAUAGAAUAUUGGGAAACAAAUAUAUACUUUUCUUGAAUUUUUUUCAUUUUUUCUUUAUCUUUUCUUUUCUUUUUUUUUGGUUUCAACGCAGGGUUAUAUUUUUCACCACGCAUUGUGAACUUUGCUAGUUCAACGUGAAUUUCCUUAUCACGUAAUUUGUAACCAUCAAGUAACUUCAACGCCAAGUCUACAGAUUCCCUCUAAAAAAAAAA